UGUCAUUUGACGUGACGUGGAAGAGGUUAGGUAGGGUAGGUCCGGUUUGGGUCUCUCUCUUCUCUUUCGUCUUAUUUCGUGUUUUCGUGUACGUGAAGUGUGAGAGGUACUUACAAAGCAAAACUUGACCUAACAUAGUCAAUCUCAUCUGGGAAUCUUCACAGAUAUCACUAUGGAUCAAAUCAACUUAAUCUUGGAACCUGGACAGAAGUUUGCCAAAGACUCUCUCAGAUUAGUGAAAAGAUGCACAAAACCAGAUAGGAAAGAAUUCAAAAAGAUAGCUGUAGCCACUGCAAUAGGAUUCUGUAUAAUGGGGUUCAUUGGAUUUUUUGUUAAACUAAUACAUAUUCCAAUCAACAAUAUCAUCGUAGGCUCCUAGACAAAUCCUAGGAUAUCACUUAUACAAAAUCGAACAUGCGCAAUAGUUUGUCGAUGCAUCAGAAAUCUCCAAUUGAUAACACCUAAGAGAAAGUGGAGGUUUUCUAAAAUGAAGACAAAGCCUGAAUAAACUUAAGUUCCUGACCAGCAUUGUAUAAUUUUCGAAGGUCACUCAACAGAACCUUCAAGUAAGCCAGGUGUUAAAACUGGUCUUUCCGUUAAUCUCUCAAAACAUUGUUGCAGGCUGUCAUUUAAUGUGCAUGUUAAGAAAUACCUUUUUCUUUAAGUUUUCAGCUGUUAAAAUAACAGUCAGUUUGAAAAUGAAGUUUUUAUUUGCUCUUUCAUAUGAUCAUUUUUCUAUUUUCGGCAAUGGAAUUAGCAAGUAUUAAUAUAUGCCACAAUUGAUGGUCUUCAUUAUUUAUAAUUAGUUUUUUUUUUUAGUUUAUAGUUGUCUAAAACUAAAAACUUAAAUGUUUUGAUUCAUUUUCAAAUGCCCAUUCUGUUUAUUUUGGUUUGUUAAUUUUUUCUAACUGCUACACUUGAUUUCUCAUCAGCUGGUGUGAAGCAUUCAUUGUCUCCUGUAGAUGUUGCACAUGACAAUUUUUGAAUUAUGAUUUUCUUUUCCUUUUUAAUAAUGGGCCUCUAGACAAGAUCUAAACUGAGAAAGAAUCGUCUCGCGUCUCUCUUCAAAAUCUUAAGUAGAAAAUGUGUGUCUCCAUGAGAAGGAAAUUAUAUCCUGAACGAGAUAUUAACCAGCAUUUUCAACAUAGAUAAAAUGGAAGUUGGAUUUUCGUAUGUGACAUCAUUACCAUUUUUGUAAUUCAACCAAUGUUAAUUGUAAACACUUAUACAUUAAUUAGAAAUCGAUUUCUGGACUUCCUGUCGUUUGAUUUGUUUUCCUUGUGAAAUUUUGAAGAAACGACAUGUUGCAUGUGCUUUAAUUUAUUCCUUGUCCGGAGGCCCAUUGUUAUCAACGAUGCUGUGACUCAGUUUUUUGUAUUCUGAUAUUGUAAAGGACAUGAAUUUUUAUACUCUCCUAAUAGUAUCCUAUUGCUAAAUUGUUACUUAUUUUGAUUAAAUAAAUACAAGUUUAUCAAACACCAA